AUGAUCAUAGUUACACAGGUCAAAUUAAUUAAUAAUGAUAACUGGAAUAUAAAUAAAUACAAGUUAAUCUCGAACGUACUGGGGGAAGUUCUUAAUUUCUUCUAUCCCAUAUAUAAACAGGACUCGCUGCAUGCAGCGUCACUCAUCUAUCGUGUCUCCUCCGGUGAACUCCUCGACAUGAUGUUCAAGAGCUUUGUUCUGCUGUGUCUGGCGGCGUGCGUGCUCGCUGAUAUAGGCAAGAUCACCAUCAACCAGGACGGCACUUCGGGCAUCGGUAUGAAGCUCCCUCUUGCGCACAACGACAAGAACGUGAUAAGCGCUGUCGGAGCCGCCGGCUUCACCCCCAACCUCAAGCUGGGCUCUGCUACUGCGGGAUUGGCGCUCGAUAAUGUCAAGGGACAUAGUCUCACACUGACCGACACGCACAUACCCGGCCGCGGCGACAAGCUGUCGGCGGAAGGCACGCUGAACCUGUUCCGUGACGCCAACCACAAGCUGGACGCUAACGCGUUCGCCUCCAGGAACAUGCCCGACACCCCGUACCUGCCCAACUACAACACCUACGGCGGCGGACUCGACUACAUGUUCAAGGACAAGGUGGGAGCGUCGUUCACGGCGGCGCACUCGGACUUCAUCGACCGCAACGACUACUCACUGGGCGGCAAGCUGAACCUGUACCGCUCGCCCAGCUCCUCGCUCGACUUCAAAGCCGGCCUCAACAAGUUUGACAUGCCCUCCAUGAGCUCCGGCUGGGAGCCCUUCUCGGGAUUCUCCUUCUCUAAGUUCUUUUAAUUCUAUAUUAUUAGUAUUGUAACCUCAAAUAUAUACAAGCAAUUUGAAGUAUUUUUUGGUAUAAAUAUAAAUUAAGUAAUCUAAAUAA